AGCCCGAGCCCGCGCCGAGCCCUGACACUGUCCGUCCGCCUUCUGGCUCCCCGGGAGCCCGGACUGGUCGGAGCACGAGUGGUGGCAGCGCGGGGAGCCCCACGCGCCGAAGGGAGCGGACCGGACAGGACGGCCCUAGAGGAGGUGCUGCCGCCACAGUAGCAGGGACCGGAGUCUCGAGCCGCGGCCUCCCGGACCGUGCUGCCCAGGCCAGCUCAGGGAGAGCCGGGAGUACGAAAGCCCCACCCUCUGGAGCACCCCGGGAGCGGAGGCGGGAGCGGGGACGCGAGCAACCUCUCCCCCUGUUGGAGAGAAAAGACCCUGAGCACUCGGAUGAGGGAAAGAAGAGACCCCUGGAGGGGACGCCUCUCUCCUGCCUAGAGGCGAGGAAGACCCCUGUACUGGCCGGGGAGGAGACCCCCAGAAGUGGAAAGAAGGGAGCUUUCCGUAGGGAAGCAGAGUGAGACCACCCUAGCGCGCCCCCGCCCCUCCAAACACACACUCUCAACAGUUGAGGACUUUCGAGGCAAAGAGAGACGGGGCUGUGCCUAUGGAGUAGGCACCCUCGGCCCACCAGUAUUCACAGGGGACAGAAGUCCUUACGUUCAGAAGCCACUCCAGGGAAAGAAGAGGAAUCGGCUUUCAGCCUUCUGGAGAGGGGAAGACCUCCCCUCAACUUCCUCGUGCCUAGACAGUGGAACGGGGUAGAGCCCCUCCGCUCAUAUCUCCAGCAGACGGAAAGAGCCCUCCACCUCAGAAAGAUCCAGUUUGGGGGGGAGGGGAACUCCCCCAAGGGGGAGGAGACAACUCCUGGUUGGGAGAGGCUCCUCCCCUCCUCCCCAGGGUGACAAGCAGGGUGUGGGGGGUGUGCCACCUUCCCCAAGUAGGACCUCCUUCUCCUCCGCCUCCCCCUCCUCCGCCCUUGACUCCUCAUCCUCAGGGGACCCAGUUCCCCUCACCAACUUGGGAGGCUCAGCCAAGCACAGGAAGAGCCACUGAGGAUGAGAGCCGUCACCUGCCUCUGAAGAGGGGAAUCCUUCCAACCCCAAACUCCAGCACCAGGUGGUUCCCUCCCUUUGCCGGAGGAACCUUGGAGACAGGUCCCUUGGGGAAGUGGAUGUUUUCAUGCUGAGGAAAAGGGUUAUCAGAAAACGGCUGCAUUUUGAGAACAUGCAUACUGUGUAGCAGUGAUUUACACAACCCAACCAGUGAACCCAGAAGUACUAUGGCUUCUGACCUAGAGAGUAGCCUCACCUCCAUAGACUGGCUCCCCCAGCUGACCCUCCGAGCUACCAUUGAGAAGCUUGGAAGUGCCUCCCAGGCUGGGCCUCCCGGGAGCAGCCGCAAGUGUUCACCGGGCUCACCCACAGAUCCUAAUGCCACCCUGAGCAAAGACGAGGCAGCAGUUCACCAGGACGGCAAGCCACGAUACAGCUAUGCCACUCUCAUCACCUAUGCCAUCAACUCCUCUCCAGCCAAGAAGAUGACCCUCAGCGAGAUUUACCGCUGGAUCUGUGAUAACUUCCCCUAUUACAAGAAUGCUGGCAUUGGUUGGAAGAAUUCAAUACGGCACAACCUUUCUCUCAACAAGUGUUUCCGGAAGGUGCCCAGACCUCGGGAUGACCCUGGGAAGGGUUCCUAUUGGACAAUUGACACCUGCCCUGACAUUUCCCGAAAGAGAAGACACCCUCCAGAUGAUGACCUGUCCCAAGACUCACCAGAACAGGAGGCAAGCAAGAGCCCACGGGGAGGCGUUCCAGGGAGUGGAGAAGCCUCACUGCCUCCUGAGGGGAAUCCGCAGAUGUCACUUCAGAGCUCCACAUCUAUUGCUAGCUACAGCCAGGGCACAGGAUCUGUGGAUGGUGGAGCAGUGGCAGCAGGGGCUUCAGGCCGAGAAAGUGCUGAGGGUCCCCCUCCCCUCUAUAACACCAACCAUGACUUUAAAUUCUCCUACUCAGAGAUCAACUUUCAGGAUCUAAGCUGGUCCUUCCGCAACCUCUAUAAGUCCAUGCUGGAGAAGUCCUCUUCCUCCUCUCAGCAUGGCUUUUCUUCUCUCCUGGGGGACAUCCCACCCUCGAACAACUACUACAUGUAUCAGCAGCAGCAGCCACCGCCACCUCAACAGCAGCAGCAGCAGCAGCAGCCGCCACAGCCACCUCCCCAGCAGUCCCAGCCACAGCAGCAGCAGGCACCUGCCCAGGGCCCCUCCGCUGUAGGGGGUGCUCCUCCACUGCACACCCCAAGCCCGGAUGGUUGUACCCCACCAGGGGGAAAGCAAGCUGGGGCGGAAGGCUAUGGGCCUCCCCCUGUAAUGGCCAUGCAUCCACCCCCGCUGCAGCAUGGAGGCUACCACCCUCAUCAGCACCAUCCCCACUCCCACCCUGCCCAGCAGCCACCGCCUCCACAGCCACAGGCACAAGGCCAGGCUCCCAUCAACAACACUGGCUUUGCCUUUCCUUCUGACUGGUGCUCUAAUAUUGACUCUUUAAAGGAAAGCUUCAAGAUGGUGAAUCGGCUCAAUUGGUCCAGCAUUGAGCAGUCACAAUUCUCAGAACUGAUGGAGAGUCUACGACAGGCAGAGCAGAAGAACUGGACCCUCGACCAGCAUCACAUUGCCAAUCUGUGUGACUCCCUCAACCACUUCCUUACUCAGACUGGUCACGUGCCCCCUCAAGGGGGUACCCACCGCCCACCAGCCCCUGCCCGUAUUGCUGACUCCUGUGCCCUCACCAGUGGCAAACAGGAGUCAGCCAUGAGCCAAGUGAACUCUUAUGGGCACCCACAAGCUCCCCACCUCUACCCUGGCCCAUCACCAAUGUACCCAAUCCCCACCCAGGACUCAGCAGGAUACAAUCGCCCAGCACACCAUAUGGUCCCUCGGCCACCAGUGCCACCUCCUGGUGCCAAUGAGGAGAUCCCUGAUGACUUCGACUGGGACUUGAUCACUUAGUGCAUCACAGAGUGUGGACAUCAGCCCAGGGCCACGUGGUGAAGUCUGGCAGUGGGGAAAGAGCAACCCCAGCCCGUCCCUUCCCCCCUGUCUGUAUAUAGACAUAUAUCCUCUUUUUGUUCUUUCUCUGUCAGAGAAGCCACUGCAAGAUGCUGCCGAAGAUAACCCCCUCUUUCCUGCCUCAUUCUUCUCUCUUCCUUCCUGUUUUUUCCUAGUUCUUUUAUUAUUAUUCUUAUAUUAUUAUUAUUAUUAUUGGUUAUAUACUGUCCAUAGUCUCCUGUCCCUACAUCAUGGAUCAUGUCCACCUUUUGCUAAUUUAAAAUCAUCAGGCUGGAAGAUGAAGCCAUGAUAGCUACAGAGAAAGGUUUUAGACUCCAGUUUACCUUUCUCUUGGAGAAACUCAAUGCUAAUCCUACUUUUUGGCCCUAAAUUGUUUUUUGUUCCCGUCAGUUUCAGGCCAGGACUGGAGAGGCCACAUUACCAAGUAGAAAGGGUCUGAAACAUUACUUGGCAGCCAAAAAUUUGGAGGUUUUAAAAUGGUGCUAAUUCUGUCCUCUGAGGUCUUCCUUGUCCCUUUAUACCUUCAAUCCUUACUUCUGCCAGUCUGCAUUUCCUAUCAAGGGUAAAAGUGAUGAUGGUGGUGCAGGAGGGUGACAAUAAAAUCCUAGUGGAAUUGGAGACCAUUGGAAGGGAUGGAAUAUAAGUCAGUGUGAAACUGAGUGUACACUGCCAUGUUACAUCAGUGUCCAUUGGCUUGUUUCGAGCCCAUUCUCUAAGAAGAUAGGAUUGGUUUUAGCCCAAACUCUGCUUCUAUGGUAGGGCAUGAGGACAACUAUUCAGCCUAGUUUUAGCUUCUUGGAGAUGAUUCCAACUUAACUAUUUUGGCUUUUUAAACAUAAUUUUCUCUGAAAAUUAACUAUGGCUCUUAUUUGCAUUUACGAAUUACCUUCCCAUCCCUUUUUCCCAUUCAGCAAAUAUUAGUUUGUCCUCCUUUAAUUGUUUGCCCAAAUCUUCCACCCAUCUUUUUUCUUCCCCCAUUUUCUGGGAUUCUCAGGAAAGAAAAAGGAACCCAUUAUCACUCUGAGUUUCGUUGUGUCCUAAGACAUGAUGGGAAUCUCAUUCCCACCUCUCAUAGCAGAACCAAACCUUUAGUGAUGGUGGUAGGAGGAUGGGGAGAGGAAAAGGGAGCUGGCAAAGAAAUGGAUAGGGAAUAUUUUAGUUCUUUAAAUACAUAGGCAGAUGCUUCUCUUGGAAUCCAGAUCAUCUGGCUGAAGCUUUUGCAAGUAGGCUUUGAGGGGUGAAGGAGAUUGGUGGAGGAGAAUACAUAAUCUAGAGGCAAGAGUUCAGUGAGGGCCAAGGGGGACCCCCAGAAAAAGGUAUAGAGCUAACUCAUCUCUUUUACAAGGGGUGGCCAUGACUUACUGUUGCAAAGUAUUCAGUGUAUAUUUAAUGUUAAUUGUUGAAUUUUAGUUACGAGAGGGAAGAACAAUUUUACUUCUGUCCUUAUUUCACUUGCUGAAAAGCUGUGGGACAAAAUGUAUGGAAUAGACAAGGCCACUUUCUUGGUGAUUUCUGCUUUUCAUGCCUAUUAUUUUAUUUACCCAUAAUUUCCAAGAGAUUUGGCUUUCUACUCUCCUGCUUUUUUCUUUCAUUCACCCCUUUCCUUUUUUUGGAAGGGGGUUAUAUAUGAGAGUUUAUUGAAGAAGUCCAGUGAGGCUGAAGUAAAGGGGCAAGAUAGGGCAGUUAACUAAAGAGCACUUUAUUUCUUUGAAGCCUUCCUAAGAAAGAAAUGGGGGUGUGAGUGGCUUGAAUCUCCCAUGAUGUUGGAGGGCACUUAGUGGGGUUGAAGUAUGACGUAAUAUUUCCCGCUGGGGAAAGGAGAAUUGCUCUUAGAGGAUGGCAAAAUGCCUUUGCCCAGCGUCCCUACUUUAGGCAUCUUUUCCUUCCUUAUUCCUUCCAGUCAGGGUGUGUGCUACACAGAACUUCCCGUCAGUUCUCCUCCAUAUGCCCCAUUUGUAAAUGAUCACUUCUCUUUUCUAAACCCUUUUCCUGUUCAGAUCCAUACAGGAUUUGCAAGGGCAGGAUUAUACAUGCAAGUGCCCCUUGUUCAUCUGUGUCUUCUGCAAACUAGUCUCACGAAGAAUUCUGGUGUGCAGCCAGGGUAGCUGAAGUUUGGGUCUGGGACUGGAGAUUGGCCAUUAGGCCUCCUGAGAUUCCAGCUCCCUUCCACCAAGCCCAGUCUUGCUACAUGGCACAGGGCAAACCUGACUCCCUUUGGGCCUCAGUUUCCCCUCCCCUUCAUGAAAUGAAAAGAAUACUACUUUUUCUUGUUGGUCUAGCAUUGCUGGACACAAAGUGUAGUCAUUAUUGUUGUAUUGGGUGAUGUGUGCAAAACUGCAGAAGCUCACUGCCUAUAAGAGGAAAUAAGAGAGAAAGUGGAGGAGAGGGACAAAAGGAGUAAUUAUUUGGUAUAGAUCUACCCAUCCCAACCUUUCUCUCCUCAGUCCCUGCUCCUCAUGUUUCUGGUUUGGUGAGUCCUUUGUGCCACCACCCAUAAUGCUUUGCAUUGCUGCAUCCUGAGAAGGGGGUAUAUGGUCUCACAAGUUGUUGUCAUUGUUUUUUUGCAUGCUUUCUUAAUAAAAAAAAAAAAAGAAUGUUUACAGUUUUAUCUUA